CCAAUCCAAACCGUUUCCUUUCCUCUUCCGUUUCACUUACCUUUUGCAGCGGUCGACGGUGGCGCUCCGCUCUUCACUUCCUUGUCGCGGCGGUCUACGUUGACCGUCCAUUCUUCAGGACCCAGUCGCGGCAUAGUCUACGAACCUUGGAACAACCAUCAAUCCACAAACUUACAGAAUCGACUAGGAGAAGAGAUGAACCAAAACAAGCUAGCUGCUAUGACGGAGAAACGGAAAGCAGAAGAGAUUAUGAUGGUAGGCGACGACUACAGAAAGGCGAAGGAGCAUUUACGCAGAGCAAGCCAGCUUUUCCCCGCCAUCGAGGACUUGGAGCCCUUGAAAACUGCUUGCGAUAUCUUGUUGGCAGCCAAUGACGAGAUCCCCGGGUGCGGAGUGGACCAUUACUGGGUUCUCGGAGUUGAGCCCUCUUGUAGUUUCUUCGAAACCCGAUCUCGCUACCAGAAGCUCGUCAACCUGCUCCAACCCAUUGGAAAAGCUCAGGCGUUCGCGGGGAGAGCUUUCAAGCUUUUGGAAAAUGCGCUGUUUGUGCUCACAGAUGUAAAUCGCCGCACCGAAUUCGACCACAGAAGAAAGAAAAGCUUGGCCGAUUGUGAGAUGUUUUCUGCUAGCAUUGCCGUCUCUAUGCCUACUUUGUCCGCAAAGGCUGCUUGGUCUUCAAAGGAUCUCACAGCUGGUCAGAUAUGGGCUGUGUUUGGGGAAACGAUAAGCCAUUCUUCUAUGCCUCGCCAUUAUGUUCGGUUUGAUGAGAUGAUAUCAGAAUCACAAGCAGCUGUGACAUACUUGGAGCCUGCGGGUGUUCGCGACCAUGAGGUGAAAGCAUUGAGGGAGAAACUCCCGGUUUCAUGUGGGAUAUUCAGGAUCAGCGAAAGGGCUUGCAGGAUUGAUCUGUGGCGGUUCUGGUUUCGUGUAAGGUACCAGCCGACCAUGUCGUGCUACAAGAUAUGCCCACGGGAAGGGGAGGUAUGGGCAAUGCACAAAGAUUGGAAUGCGAGAUGGGGAGCGUCGGACUAUGAAAGGAGUCGAUGUAUGAUCGUUCGAGUCGAGUCAAGUGCUGAAGAAGGGAGUAAUGGGAUCACUGUGAGUAGGCUGAGGGAGGUAGAAGGUUGCUUGACAUUGUUCUGUAAGCUGAAGCAAGAUGGAUUCGAUAUGGUUCAUGUAGUUCCAAAUGCAAAUAUGCUUUGCUUUUCUCAUCGCAUUCCUGCAUUCAGGGUUCCCGGGAUCAAACGUUAUGGGAUACCAGAGGACUCCUGGCACCUGGAACCAAAUGCCUUGCCUCUUACAAUUGGUAACUGAUCUUCAGUGUCGUAGUUGCUAAUGUCUGAUGGACGAAGGGAUAGUGGUAGUGGAGUAGUUAUGUAACCGUAGAAGUAACAGUUUGGAUUAUGAUGAGAGUCUGACGUAGGUGUAGUCAGUUGUUUUAAGACGGUAUUUAGUUCUUAUGUUUACUUUCAUUUAGUAAGGAUGGGAGUUGAUUGAAUCUGUAAUCAAAUUGCAGCAGUUAC